AUGGCAACCGUAAAUGCAUACCCUGCUGGAGGAACCUUCCUCGACACCCUCAAGAAAUCCUUCACCGACGUCCCAGUCGAUAAGGAAAAGCACAAUGCCAUCUCCACGACUGAAUUCCUUGAAGCUGCCGAAUCACUUACCACGCUCUUUGAUGUAUUGGGAUCCGUAGCUUUCACACCCGUCAAAUCAGACAUGCUGGGUAAUAUCAAGAAAAUCCGAGACCGCCAACUCGCAGCGCCCCUCGAAUCCGCCACCCUGCAAGACCUAGUAAUCAACGAGCUCAAGACAAAAAAGCACACUGCGACUGAAGGUCUCGUGUGGCUCGUUCGGUACAACCCCUCUUCCCCCCUUCCCCCCCCCCAACUUCCUCACAACCCCAAUCUAACACUCAACUUCCAACCCAGCGCUCUAGAUUUCACAUCCAUAGCCCUUUCGCAAAAUAUUGCCGUCAGCACCGAAGAACUCUCCACAUCUUUCCGCAACGCCUACGGCAACACCCUGAAACCCUUCCACGGCUUCUUAAUCAAGCCUGUUUUCUCUGCCGCCAUGAGCGCCUGUCCUUACCGGGCGGACUUUUAUGCUAAGCUGGGUGUGGACCAGGAUCAGGUGCUGGCUGGGUUGCGGGUGUGGCUUUCGGCGUUGGAGACGAUUCUCGCGGUGUUGAAGGGCUUUUUGGAUCGGAAGGAGGCCAAGUGGUAG